UACCCUUUCUCUCGGCGGUGGGUCGGAGCCGCUGUCCCUGGCCUCGCAUGUUCCCCUCUAAAUUCCUGUUUUCAAUUUGAUGCCCCUAUUGUACAUUUGAUCCAUUUAGACCCUUCUGUUAGGCCACAGUCGGGCGUCCAUACACCGUUUUUUAUUUGCCCCAGUAUUUGGCAUUUUGAGACUUAAACACGAACAUGGCCGUGGUGAGCGGAUCGUCUGGGCCGGUUGCCCGGCUUGAGGGCCGUGAAUUCGAAUACAUGAUGAAAAAGCGCUCGGUGACCAUCGGGCGGAACUCGUCUCAGGGCUCAGUGGACGUGAGUAUGGGCCACUCCAGCUUCAUCUCCCGGAGGCAUCUGGAGAUAUUCACCGCCAGCGACGAUGGCACCGGCAGCGGGGAUUUUUACCUGAGGUGUCUCGGUAAAAACGGGGUGUUUGUAGACGGAGUGUUCCUGAGACGGGGCGCCCCUCCUCUGCAGUUACCACGAAUGUGCACUUUCAGGUUUCCCAGCACAAACAUCAAGAUCACGUUCACAGCGCUGUCCAGCGGGAAGAAGGUGAAGCGUGAAGCUCCAGAGUCUCCGGUGAAGCCCGUACAGCCCAUGAUCUCCCCGCUGACCAUCAACAUUCCAGACAACAUCGCUCACCUCAUGAGCCCCCUGCCAUCGCCCACUGGCACCAUUAGUGCUGCUAACUCGUGCCCCUCAAGCCCGCGGGGCGCAGGCUCCUCCAGCUACAGGAUGGGGGGCCGCAUGGUCAGCUCUGCAGAGCUGCAGCUCAUGAAUGACAACUCCCAGCCCGACAACGACAAAGACGCCUCUGGAGGGGACAGUCCCAAGGAUGACUCCAAACCUCCGUACUCCUAUGCACAGCUGAUAGUCCAGGCCAUCACACUGGCUCCAGACAAGCAGCUCACACUAAACGGAAUCUACAAUCACAUCACAAAGAACUACCCCUACUACAGGACUGCAGACAAGGGCUGGCAGAACUCUAUUCGACACAACCUGUCAUUGAACCGUUAUUUCAUCAAAGUGGCGCGGUCGCAGGAGGAGCCGGGCAAAGGCUCCUUCUGGAGGAUAGACCCGUCCUCAGAGGGCAAGCUCAUCGAGCAGGCCUUCAGGAAACGAAGGCCCCGGGGCGUGCCCUGCUUCAGGACCCCACACGGACCCCUCUCCUCCAGGAGUGCCCCAGUGUCUCCCAAUCACUCGGGCGUCCUCUCCGCUCACUCCAGCGGCGUCCAGACUCCUGACAGCCUCUCACGAGAGGGCUCUCCGGUCCCCCUGGAGAUGGAGACCACCUCGGCCCCUGCCCCGACCACCCCCACGGUGGUCCAGCCCAAACUGGCAGUCAUCCAGGAAGCACGCUUUGCACAAAACACACCAGGCACGCCUGUUAACAACCAGCCGGUACUCAUAGCAGUCCAGCGCCAGUUACCUCAGAGCAUCAAGCCAGUGACCUACACCAUGGCCUCCCCGGUGAGCACCAGCAGCUCGCAGCCGGCCAUGCAGACGGUGCACCUCCUGCAGCAGAUCCCCGCCGGCUGCAUCAGCUCCGCCGUACUCGCCCAGCCAGCCACCAUCAUCAAGGGCGAGCUGCAGGAGAACGGAGACCACACAGGGCUCAAAGUUAAAGUGGAGACGGUUCCCACCAUCACCUCUAUAGGCGGCUCCAGUCGCAUCAUCCAGAGCUCCCAGUCCGGUGGCUCGCUGCAGACUGUGACCAUCGUGCAGCAGGCACCCAUGGGUCAACACCAGCUGCCCAUAAAGGCCAUCACACAGAACGGCACCCACAGCGCCACCACUGCCAUCCACGGAGCCACCAGCUCAGCUGUGGCCAGCCCCCUCCACCUGCUGGCGGCCCACGCCUCCGCCUCGGCCUCCCUCCCCACCAAGCGUCAGAACGGGGAGCAGCAGGCCAGCGAACAGCCGGACGCCAAGCGCAUCAAAUCAGAGGACGAGGCGGCCUCGACCCCGGCGGACUCAGACUCGUCGGCAGCUAACGACCCCGGCCACAACUAGUCUGUACAACACACACCACACAACCCCCUCCCCCCACCACCACCACCACCUUCUCUCUCUCGUCCCAGUCGUUUUGUUUCGUUUCUCUUCCUUCAACCACUGACUCCUGAGGUGCCAAACUGAGAGGAUUCUUUUCAUUUUUCUGUUCUAGAGCAACAUGAGGAAAAAAAGAUAAUGUCCACCCCUUUAAAGACUUGAAUGUGGGUUGAGAACAAAAAUAAAGAAAGAUGAACUCAAAGGUGUCCCCCCUGUGAGCCACUGAAACAGGAGAGUGACUAAACCAAGACCGCAGGAAGCCUUAACAACAAUUAACCCUUAAGAGCUGACCUUUGACCUGGAGCGGCCCCGCGCGGGGAGAGGCCCUAACGGAGCUCGGGGCCGAACACCACCUUUCUGUCGAAACUACCUCAGAGCAGAGAGGAGACCACACCUUCCCACCCCCCCUCCUGUCGGGGCAGCUCGGGACGAAGCAACCAAGCGACGAGUACGACGAGCAUUCAAAGGUUUAAAGAAAAUAAAUGAAAAACGGUCAACGCAUUCAGAAAGGGAUCAACUCGGAGCCAAUAAUCCUGAAACUCUGGCAGCUAGCCUCUCACAAUACUGACCUUCCUUAAUCGCAGCUGUACGUAGAUAUGCAGUAUUUUGUUGUUCAAAUGUGGAGCAUAGGAUUUUUUUUUUUAAUGUAUUUUCACUUAUCUAGAUAAGUAAUAAUUUAAUGAAAGGAAGCGUACAAAAUAAUGAGGUCGACGACAUUUCGGUAACUAAGUUAGAAAUCUCACUUUUUUUAUGUGGACUUCCUUUUUCUGUUCGGUGAAACAGUGUAAUUAGUUUUUUUUUCGUAAUAUUCGUUUCUUUUCCCCCCCUCGUUCUGACAUAUCCAUAUGAAAUUUGCUUAGUUAUACCUACAUAUUUUAAUACUUGCACAGAUAACCGAUAUAAGCAUAUGAAAUCUCUCCAUGUGUAGUUCCAGAUGUUGACCUUUGCAUGUAUCCGACAACACGAGAGUUAACUGUUAACUGUAAAUUGAACGGAGGAAAAAAGACCUGCUUUGUCCAAACCAGACCUGCACUUGAUUAAAUGUUUGUGUUUUCAUUUCCCUUCUCCUCCUCCUUCUUUUUUGUUUUCCUCCUCCUCCUCCCAGCUGUGUUGACGUUGUGGUGUUGGCAGACCCCCCCUCCCCCCACCUUUGCUUGAUUAUUUUACUACUCUGUUCCGGCGACCUGGCGAGUCUGUUUUCUGAUUGUACACGUUCCAAACAAUAGUAAAAGAAAAAAAAAUUGAUGUUUGUUCUGCUUAAGUGGAGAAAUGCUUUUUUUUUAAAUAAAUUAAUUUAAAGCCCU